ACAUUAUGUGCAGCUGGUGUGCAGCAGCUCUGUUGUGUUUGCUUUGUGCGAAGCGACGCGGAGAUGUUUGGGUCGAUGUAUCAACAUAGGUAACGUUAAAUGUACAUCUUCCUGAAUUCGUUCAGCUUUACUAAUGUCUGUGUGACCAACAGCCGUGCAGAGUGAAAGAAGAAACAGCCUACCAGGAUCCUUCAUAGACACAUGUAGACAGUGCAUUUGAGAAGCCGGGAUAUAGGGAGUCAUGCAGAGUCAGACCCAAGCACACAGUGGGCCAAACCCUGUGGCCACAGCAACAGCAAAGCUACAACUGGACACUCCAACUGAAGCUCAGCCAGCACAGAGUGAACCACAUGCACAAGAGGAAGAGAAAGGACACGCCGGUCCUGCUGAGACUGAAACAUCAGUCACCUCACAUGAAAAUGGGACAGAGGUGCACACUGCAGAAACACAUGCAGGUGUGGCAAUCGCACAAGCAGAGCUGAAUGAGCCUGCUGAUCAGCCACUCACUGAGCCCUCAGAUAGCAUCAAGGGGAUGGAGAUGGACUCUGCUUCAAAACUAGGUACCCCCAAUGAACCUGUACCUGAUAGAAAUACAAACUCUAAGUGUGGUGACCCAGGGUCAAAGACAAAGCAUCAAGGGGUGCAUGGUGGAAGGAAAUAUGUUCCUUCUAAGAAGGCAAUGGUCGAUCCGCUGAAGAUGGACAUGUCCAUGGUCUUUCCUCUCUCAUCAUCUGAGCUCUCUUUGCAGUGCCUCGAGUGCCACAUCAUCUUCAGUGACCCCAAGAGUAAAGAGCGUCAUCUGAAGAUGAGCCACCCAGCAGAAUAUGAACAAUGCAUACUGAGGAAUGCCCUUUUUGCCUGCUACGUUUGUGAACGCCACUUCUCAAACUCCACAGAGCUCAUGGUCCACCAGAAGGCCCACAUAGAGAAGACACCUUUCAAGUGUCUGAUCUGUGGCCUGGCCUUCAAAAAGACAUCAGAGCUCACCCUUCAUAAGAAAAUUCAUUUUGGCCUGGAUGGUUAUCGAUGCACUGACUGUGGCAAAGCUUGCAAAACAACGACAUUAUUGAAGUAUCACCGCCGCACACACACUGGAGAGAGGCCGUAUAUUUGCAAGGAAUGUGGACGGAGAUUUGCCAUGCCCAAAACUCUGCAGAGACAUGAAUUGUCACAUCUGAAAAACAGUCUGGGAGAUGAAGGAAAUAUCUCAGAUAAAGCACAGGAGAAAGAUGAGGGCGUUUCUAAAAACUAUCCUUGUUCUGCAUGCAAAGCCACUUUCAAGAGUCCUAAGACAAGGCAGCGUCACAUGAAAUCCAAACAUACCUCCCCUGCUGCAGCAAGUAAGGGUCUUCCAGUUGGACACCAAAGAGGUACGCCCAUUAUUACUCCAAUAUCCAUAUCCCAACCUACACUGUUACAGCUGGAAGCCACUGGACCUCUGCAAAAAGUUGAUGCCAACAUUGACACAGAACAGAUUCGCAGACUUAUUGAAUCUUUGGGAAAUGUGCAGAAAGUAAACCAAGUUGUCAUAUUGGGGCAGUUGCCACCUCACGCACCACCACUGGAAGUGCAGCAGAUAUUUCAAGGAACUGAAAAUGUGAAUUUUAACUUCUAUCCACCACAAAUAGAUUUCAUGGGUCUGAAACAGCAGGAAUGUAAGACGGUUGAACUGGACCCUCUAAACAACCCCUGCGACCCUAUGGAACAAACAAUCAUACUGGAGCCUAUUACACCUGAUGGACAGCUUGAAACGGCCCCUUUCUCAGAACUAGGUUCCCACAUAGUAACAGUUGAAAACACAGAGUUCACUCUCAUUCAGACUGAACAAACAGAGAGACCUGAGGGAGAGGAGUUGCCUCAGAUUCUUCAACAGCCAGGCAUUAGUGCACUUUAUUCAGAUCCUGUGGAUAAUGUGAUUUGUCAAGAUGAACAAAACCUAGAGCAAACAGUCAUAUUAGAACUUACCCCUGCCUUGAUUCCAACUGUGGAAUUGGAACAAACCCAAACUAUGGCACAAAACGUUUUUUUUCCUUCCACUUUGGUAACAACUACUGAAUCAGAGAAGAUUCCUGAUACGGCUCUAGAUCAGAUGGUAAUUGAUGCACCCAAUACCAACCUGUCAAUUCCACCUCUUCCUUUGAAGUUGGAGUUGACACCUCCACAGAAAGGGCAACAGGACAAACCCUCGUACCUUUUUAUUCCAGCAGAGCCACUUAGAAAAACUCCAAGUGAAUCUAAAACCCAUCCCCAAGAGGAGGUGAAUUUGCAGAUGCAAACGGCGAGUAAAGAUCUGAUCCACCCCUCCCUGAAUAAAGCUGUACCACUAGAGACAAAGGAAAAUGAUGUUCAGGAACCAUCUGAAGGAGAAUCAUCUCACCAAGAGCGUUCUCAACAAAAAACCUCUAAACAACAUGGCUCUGAACAAGAUUCAUCAGAGAACUUGAUGCUAGAAAGCCAGGAGGAUCAGGAGAAGGUGGACAACCUGUCUGGAAUAGUGGAGCCAUCUGCUAAAGAAGAGGGUCAAUCAAAAUCAGAGGCCAAAAAGUUCUCACAGAUUUCAGAGUUACCCUUAAAUGUAAUGUCAGCUCAAGAGCUGGUGAAGGUACGGAAAAGAAAACCAGCUAGAGCCUUUUACUUCCAAGGAUAUAAGCAAGAUCUGGCUGGAUCUAUAUACGAUGAUUUUUCGAUAUAUGCUGCCCCUGCUAAACGCCAAAAAACGAAAAAGUCUCAUCUUGUUGUUAAAUUUGGCCCACAAAGCAAAGAUAAAAAGAACAAGAAACAGAAAAAGCCAUCACAGCAGCAUAGGACAAUGCAGGAAGAAGUGUUAAGAGGUAAAACACCAGCCAUACAUCUCUCAAAGAAAAAAGUAUCAUCACAGAAGAAGGGGAAAAAAGGAAAAAAGAAAGGGGAGCAUGUGGUAUCUGCUGACACAUUAAAGUCACCUGCAUCAAUCCAGGACCCACAGCUGCAACAAAACAAAGAGGAUAAAAGAAAAAAGAAAAAGCAAAAAGGAGUAGCUGGGAUGGAUGAUGCCAAUAACAUAAGUAAGCAAAAAAUUGCAGCAUCACCCGUUUCUAAGAAAAAACAGGUGAAAAUGAUUCAAAGAGAUCAGCCCAAGAUUGCAAAAGUUGGAAAGGGAAAGGACAUUUCAGCAAGAAAGGUAAAAGAUAAGUCAAAAACAAGCACCGCUUCAACAGCCCAAACUAGCCAACAAUUAACAGAAGACUCUCUACUUCUACUGAAAGGCCACAAACAGCCUCAGUUGAAAGUUUACAAGUUAGACCCUUUAAAAGCACCUGGCAGUACGCUAGAGGAUUCACCUAAUGAGUCCCAAAAAAUGUCUGGACAGAGUAAAGACAAACUCAAACAUCCAACAAGUGUGUCAGUAAAUUAUCUCGUAACAGAAGGUAGGAAAAAGGGAGGAAGACCCAAGAAGAACCAGAAAGCUCUUUCAUUAUUGUCCUCAAAAAAGGGUUCCCAUAAACCGGCUGAGUCCCUUCCAAACAAGCCAAAGACCACCAGGAAACGUAAAGCCUCUUCAAAAGUGGAGACUGAAGGGGUGAUAACUUCUUCACAUUCCAAGCGUGCCUUAGAGUGCCAAGACUGUGGGGAAAGAUUUAGUGAGGUCUCGUCCCUUCAGAAGCACAAGACAUUGGUUCAUGUUGUAGAGAGUCCUGGUCUUACUUACACCAAUGGGAACGUCUUUGAAGGUGUCUCCAGGUUGGAACUUUACCAGCUUCCACAACCGCGCGAUAAGGCUGUCAGGUUGAUGAAUGCUGCAACAGGCUGGGACACUGAGCCUGAAAUGGGAGAGAUCGCAUCAGAAGACAGAGAGCGAAAUGUCUCUUUUCCUGCUUUGAUUCCAUCGCCAUCUUUACCUGUGCCACCCUUGGAUGUUGAAAUAGGCACCUAUGUAGAUAAAGCUGGCUCUACAAUAGAAUCAGACAAUCAGUCAACAUCGGAUCAAAUAAGAAACAGUGACACUCAUUCAAAUAUCCAGUCUGUGUCGUGUUUUAGUGCCUCUGUUCAGACACACAGUUCAGAGACAGGUGAGCCUUUGGUAUCAGAUAUGGACAAGCACGGAGAACCUACCUUGAUAGAAAAAGAUUCAGAAGUCCAGAGUACUUUGGAUGAAGACAUCAAGGAGGACUUUUUUGAGGUAGAUUUGGUCACUGUAGGGGAGCAGAAUGAGAGAGAUAAUCCAGAAUCUCUUGAAGACAAAAUUCACCAAAAUAAAUCAGAUGGACCCUGCAGUUCUGAGGCAAGAGGAACUGACAAAGUCCCUGAGCAAAUUUCUGGUGAAAUAGCUGAAAAAACUCUAACCUCACAGACUGUUUCAUGCUCCACUCAUCAAGAGGAGAUCAAAGAAGAGGAGGAAGAAGUCUUGGUCCAGAAAAAAAAAGAAGGGGAAGGGAAUACUAUGAGGAAUGCUGCAAAAAGUGGGGGUAGAGCAGGACAUCAAAAGAGGGACCUGGUCUCUAAGAAGGUCUCUGCGAAAGAUACUGUCAGAGGAUCAGGAUCUGAAAAAGAACAAGUCGAAUGUCAGGCAGCUUACGAAAGCCGUCCAAUCACCUCUGAUUCAGAAAUAACUGAUGAAAGUGGGACCAAACCUGAACUUGAGGCCAACAGUGCUAAUACUUCUGCAGAGAGAACUCCUGAUGAGCGAGUCGUGUUUGAGCCGGAGUCGAUCACCACAGGUGUAGAAAAGGUGAAUGAAAAAGAAUAUGACAGGGACACGUCUCCAGUUGUCAUACUUGAGAGGGUCCUCACUUCUACACCAAAAGUAAACGCUGACAUGCAGCCGAACCUGAAGAUCACAAAGAACAACAAGAGACAGGGAUUUGAUAAUAGAGCUGAGAAAGAAGUACUGGGAAGCCAAGAGAUCAAGGUUGAAGAGAUUGUCUCAGAUCCACCCCUGGCUGGUCCAGCAUGUCCAAACAGACGGAGUGCAAGUGUGCAACCGCAGCACCACUGUGAUGUGACGACAGUCCUUGUGAAGGAGGAGUGCAGCCUUGUGCUGAAUGAGGCUCAGACCAUGCAGGGCAGUAGAAUCCGCUGGAAUGUGGAGCCAGUUAAUGUUGUAAACACCUCCAGCUCAAUGAUAAACAGUGGUGCAACAACCAGAGACUGUAACGUCCCUCCUGAGUUCAACAGCAACCAGUGUAUCUUCUACCCAGUGAAGGAGGAGGAGAGGGAGGUUCCUGUGGGUGCUGCUCAGACCAGCAGCGAAAAUGUUUCCAUAGGAUCAUCUAACAAUGUCCAGCACACAGAGUAUCAAGCAAAACAAAGUAGCUUAAAUGUAGGGCGCCAUCCUGUGGCUGACUACCAGGAGAAGAGAGUGAGCUGUUUAUCGUCAGAAACAGGAGACAGUGACUUUACAGCUGGUCAUGCUGACACUGAUGCUGAAUGGCAGCAUCCUCCAGAUGUCCAGGACUUUCUCCUCCAGAGUUCUGAUGAAGAGGAUGUGGAGGGUUUUGAAUUGUCUGAUCCUCAGCUUGACUCUGAAGCAGAAGUAAUGGCCUACUUCAACAAGAACCAAGCAAUCAACUCACAACAACCAGAUGACACAUCACAAAAUUCGCCAUCUUCAAAGAUCCAUUCUCAGGCACCACGAGAGGAAGGGAGGACCAGAAAGCCCAUUGAUUACUUCUCUGAUUAUUUUGGUUGGGACACCUGGGUAGAAAUUGCAAACUGUACAAACAAACUGUCCAACAUAUCCAAUCCUGUCACAGCCAGAGAGGUCGCACAGUUUGUUGGGAUCCACAUUGCAAUGGGGACUUUAAAGUUUCCCAGUCCGAGGCUCUACUGGGAGGACUUGACUAAGGUGCCGCUGAUUGCUGAAGCAAUGCCACUCUCUCGAUUCAUCGAGCUGUCUCGUAUGUUGAAACUUGCUUAUCCUGCGAAGGAUCUCGUCGACAGUGAUAUUCAAAAAGGGAGACAGGAUAUUGAUUCACAUCAAAGUAGUGUAAAUCAAAGUGAAAUUUCACCACCCAGCGAUGAACAGAGGGCAGUGAACACUCCAAAGGACAACUCAGUAACACAAAUAGAUCCCCUGUGGAAGGCACAGCCAUUAUUGUGUCGCUUUAAAGCAGGGUGCCAGUCACUGAGACGAGAUGGCAAUUACGCAGUUGACCAAUAUCCACUUCCUCUGACUGGGAAGAUGCACAGUAAGAAACUGUCUCUCCACUGCACUAAAUUAAUUGGAUUUGGUGGUUUACUCUUGCAUGUGGAUUUUAAAAUGGGUCGGAGUUGCAAAGAAGAUGCUGUAGAAAAAAUGGUUCCCAGAGGUAGUAUGGUGUUUCUUUGCAAACAGGAACUGUCCACCCCUGCUAUGCUGGAGCGUCUGUUAGUUGCCGGGGUUCAUGGUGCAGGCAGGGUCGGAGGAGCACGAGGACAGAUUGGAGACGAGUUUGUGAGCUCAGAUGGGAAGUUGAUGUUACGUAGAUCACACUGUGGCUUCAUACUUUCUACUGCAGGGAAUGGCCAGAGGAACAUGGCUUCGCUCAUUGACAACUUUGAGAAGGCCCAAAUGUCAGCUCAUCUCAACAGAGACCUUUUAAAUCUUUACUCCAUUCCUCUGACUGCCUCCGCCCCUACCUGCUGGCCUCAAGCCUUGCUCUGGUACCUGACAGAUCUCACUUUGGUCAACUCCUGGCUCCUUUACAGGCAGGAUCACAGGGCAGCGUCCACACCUUUGUCUUUUAUGGCCUUCAGGCUGGAGGUAUCCAAAGCUUUCAUCCAGUCAAGCGGCUCUGAUACCCAGGACUCAGUUCCGUCUCGAUCUCCUCUAGAGAAAGCACAUGCAAUACAUGAAACCCCCAAUCCUAGCCUGGUGGAAGAAAGUCCUCUUCCGGAUGCAGCCACACGGUAUGAUGGCUCAGGCCACUGGCCAGAGCAACUUGCUGAGGGAGAAGGGGGAAGAUGCCGUUUUGGGGACUGUCAAAGAACAUCUCGAGUGCUUUGCCUUAAGUGCUGUGUCUUUCUUUGUAUCUCACGCAACCACAACUGCUUUUUAAAUUUCCAUAGUCAAGGGGAUCUAGGAAAAAAGUAGCAUACAUUAACUUUUUCAGUGUUUGUCAAAAAUAUUGUUUAGCCCCAAUGUCUUUUAAACUUUUUCAAAAUGCUUUCCACUGUCCUUGCUAUUGUUUUGAGAUAUAUUUAUGCAGCAGUUUAAAGAACAUGCUUUAUGAUAAGCCUAAUUUGUCAUAGAGCAAGUGUAAAAAUAAAUUUGCCUUCAAAGGAAAUGCAAAAAUAUGCUUAAAGCCAUGAACUUUGUAAAAUAAGUGUAAAUUUUAAAUUUGUCAUUUCAAUUAUCAAGUUUUUUGUACAUUUUAAAAUGGAUCUCAUGCACAUUUCAUAAUGAGCUCUUUGUUUGGUUCUAUGUAUUUAAAAAGUGAAAUUGGAUUUAAAACCAAUAAAAGACUAAAUAUA